CAACGUGGAGGAGAGAGGAUGUGGGUAUGCUGACAUCUGCAAGCCAGAGGUUUAACUGGAAGACGACCGCAGUCGGGCUGACUAACAACUGGCUUGGCAACGUCGAAGACACCCCGAGACAUGUAACUUAAUGUGAAGAGAUUUGUGUCCUGCAGGGCACCCCAACUCAGCCAGCCAGGGUGCCCCCCGACGGCUUUCCGCCAUGAGGGUGCGUUGCUCUCGAAAAUUGGGCACGCUGGCCAAAGCUGGCUUCCUGCUCUGGAUUCUCUGGCUGGGCUACCUUGUGUUAGCACGCUCCUCUUUCCCCUCUUUCCCCUCUUCCCCUGCAGAGGAAGGUGAGGAGGAACGCGACAUCCGUGCGAGACAGUUCACCCCAGAAGAAGGUGCGUCUGAUGAGCAACUUGCAAGGCCCCUCUACGUUAAGCCCCCGCCAGACAACGGUGCACAUGGGGAGUGGGGUCGAGCCACGCACCUCAGCCUCAGCCCUGAAGAAAAGAAGGAGGAGCAGGACAGUGUGGAGCGCUACGCCAUCAAUAUCUACGUCAGUGACAAGAUCUCCCUCCAUCGGCACAUCAGGGACCACAGGAUGAGUGAAUGCCGAAGUAAGAAGUUUGACUACCGGCGUUUACCGACCACCUCGGUGAUCAUCGCCUUCUACAACGAGGCCUGGUCCACGCUGCUGAGGACCAUUCACAGUGUCCUGGAGACAGUGCCUGCUGUUCUGUUGAAAGACAUCAUCCUGGUUGAUGACUACAGCGACAGAGGUUACCUGAAAGCCAGACUUGCUGAAUACGUCAGUAAUCUUGAACGUGUGCGGCUAGUUCGCACCAGGAAAAGGGAAGGCUUGGUCCGAGCACGUCUCAUUGGUGCAAUCUAUGCCACGGGAACAGUUCUGACGUUCCUUGAUUGUCACUGUGAGUGCGUCUCUGGCUGGAUCGAGCCUCUGCUAGAAAGGAUCAGUGAGAAUGAAAGUACCAUUGUGUGCCCUGUGAUCGACACAAUAGACUGGAACACCUUUGAGUAUUACAUGCAAACAGACGAGCCAAUGAUCGGAGGUUUUGACUGGAGACUCACCUUUCAGUGGCACUCAGUCCCAGAAGUGGAACGCAAGAGGCGCAAUUCUCGCAUUGACCCCAUCAGGUCUCCAACCAUGGCAGGCGGCUUAUUUGCUGUAAGCAGGAGGUACUUUGAACACUUGGGAACGUAUGACAUGGGCAUGGAGGUGUGGGGAGGAGAAAACCUGGAGCUCUCCUUCAGGGUGUGGCAGUGUGGGGGAAGCCUGGAGAUUCACCCCUGCUCUCAUGUGGGCCACGUGUUCCCUAAGAAGGCCCCCUACGCGCGGCCCAACUUCCUGCAGAACACGGUCCGAGCUGCAGAAGUAUGGAUGGACGUUUAUAAACAGCACUUCUACAAGAGGAAUCCCCCCGCCAGAAAGGAGAACUAUGGGGAUAUUUCAGAGCGACUAGAGCUGAGGAAGAGGCUGGAAUGCAACAGCUUUGACUGGUAUCUGAAAAAUAUCUACCCUGACCUACAUGUGCCAGAGGAUAGGCCAGGCUGGCAUGGAGCUGUUCGCAGUUUGGGCUUCCACUCAGAGUGUCUGGACUACAACUCUCCAGAGCACAACCCUACCGGCGCCCACCUUUCUCUGUUUGGCUGCCAUGGCCAGGGCGGCAACCAGUACUUUGAAUACACGUCUCAAAAGGAGAUCCGGUUCAACUCAGUGACGGAGCUGUGUGCUGAAGUAGCUGAGGGAAAGACCUCCGUUGGGAUGAAGCACUGCCCCGGCGACACAGACCCCAAACCCCCUGGUAUCAUCUGGGAGUUCAGAACGGAUGGGACCAUCUACCACCCUCACUCCAACAUGUGUGUGACAGCCUACCGCACACCUGAAGGCCGCACAGACACCCAGAUGCAGCAGUGUAGCCCAGGAGACAGAAACCAGCAGUGGAAGUUUGAGUGGUAGGAGGACGACGGUGAUAGAAAGUAGCAGAAAACCUCAAGUGACCUUUUUUCUCUACCAUAGUGCAAUUACUACAUUGAAGUUCUUCUAUCGCUCUCCAAGUCCGCACUCCAUUUGGAUGGGAACGACGAGGAAAUACAAAGGUGGUGAAAAAGUCACUCACUUUAAGCCAAUGAUUCACCCUUUUUAUUCCAGCGUGAAUGUCUAAAGAAGAGCAGAUCGAGAUGGACUGAAUUACAAUUUCAAGGCUUUUUCAAAGGGAGAGCAGCUGAACUUGAGACUUUUGACUUUGGUGUUGCUUCAUCUAAGUGCCUCAGCAACCAAAAUGGAGCCAAGUGGACAUCCAGAGUAUCAUUAUUGUCUCUUUUUUUAAACGAAUGCAAGAACUUGAAACCAGCAGAAGAGAUCUGAAUAUCCAGAAAACCACGAAGUGCCUUUGAGAGAGGAUGAAGACAAAGUAAUCUCUAAAAGAAAUCCUGCUGCACUAAAAAAGUUACCUAAAUGUGCGAUUAAUUCUAAUUGUUAUUGUGAAAGUGUAAAAGUGUUGUGGCUCGACGACAAUGUCAGCAAUGUAGGGUCAGCUGCUUUUGCCCCACACCAGCUGCUCCCUGACAUGCUCCAUCAUGUGAGAGGAUAACAGGGUAGAGAGCGCAGCGGUCAUACUAGACUGCCUCUCAAUUCUAUCUCUCGUCUGCCGAGCUGGUUUCACGGUAGAAUGCUGCCCGAACAAGACCUGAAGCAUUCAUUACGGUUUUGUGCUAAGUGCAAUUUGCCCAAGAGGGCUUAGAGAGUUAACAGGAAUGUUGUAAUCUAUUCUUCCCUGUUGUGUAAAAUUAAGCAUACCCUCCAGACUCGUAUGCCACUGCUUUUUGAAGGAUCAUCGUCCUUCUGUGCCUAAAUGAAACGUGCCAGUGGAUGUCUCACAGGACAUUUAAAAUGUUCAAAAACAACACUGGCUUGAUGCACUCGAUUUUUAUACAAACACAGAACAGCCUUAGAGGUAACACCUGUUUAAUUUAAUCCUUCAGUUUGUCGUGCAAGUUUGUUUAAAGAUGCCUUUGUGUAGACUGUACUUGAAACGGCAUCAGAAACACUCCUGUGGGUUUCUUUUUUCCACUGAAGAUCCUCUUUGUGUUUCUAUUUAAGGACCAAGAGAAGUGUGGAAAUGUAGCAGCUGUAUUUUGCCGAAGACUGCUUAUUACUGAGCGCCGUUUGUGUAGAGUGAUGAAUAUGAGAUAUUCGUGGUAGUGAAUGGACGUAAGAGGAAUCAUGUUUAGCGUUACCUUUUUUUAAAUGUUCAGUUUAAGGGGCCAGAGUGGGACGGUGUGCUCUUGUAAAGGAGCUCUGAAACUACUGAUAAUGACAAAGGGAUGAUGGUGAUUACUUGAUAUGAAGGAGCAGGGAGCUAAAAUGGGAUGGAUAUUUUAAGAAGAUUAAAGCUUUUUGGAUGAUUGAAAGAAUAAAAAACUAA